GGAAAGAGAGACGAAAGCAAAGAGAAGCUGUUAAAAAAACAAAACAGAUCAAAAAAAAGAAGGGAAAUGGGAGCCCCAGAUUCGCAGCCGGUCUACAGGAUGAUCAUCAGUUUGAUAACUGUCAUUUUCUCCUGUGGAUUUAACGACGGAGUGGUUGCACUGGUUAUGGGAACAUCACCACCAGAUUCACCACCAGCAGGGCCGGAAAAACAGUUUACAGCCUUGUUUGCUUUCGGAGAUUCAAUAACUGAUAAUGGGAAUAACAACUACUUCCUCAGCUCUUUAGCCAAAGCCAAUUACGUGCCUUACGGUGUUGAUUUCGAAGAAGGACCUUCCGGGAGAUUCUCUAACGGGAGAACUUGCCUUGACUAUAUUGGGGACUUGAUAGGCAUUCCAAAUCUUCCAGCUUUUGCAAAUCCUUCAGCUACAGGAAGAAAUAUUCUGAGGGGAGUAAAUUAUGCUUCCGCCGCGGCCGGGAUUCUGGAUGAGACCGGACAAAAUCUAGGCCAGCGAUUCAGUUUAAGCCAACAAGUUGAGAAUUUUGAGAAAACCUUGAAUCAGUUGAGGAACACUAUGAACAUGAGCGAUGAAGAAAUAAGCCAUUACUUGUCAAAGGCAUUAGUGGUGAUGACACUUGGUAGCAAUGACUACAUCAACAACUAUCUUGUUCCUUCCAUGUAUCCCACCAGCUUCAUGUACAACCCUAAAGACUAUGCAGAUCUGCUCAUCGAACGUUACGCAAGGCAGAUACUAGCAAUGCAUGGUUUAGGGUUGCGGAAGUUCUUUUUCGGAGGAAUCGGCCCCCUUGGUUGCAUUCCGAAUCAAAUAGCAACUAGUCUUGCACCCGGUGGAAAGUGUGUAUCUUUUGUGAACGAUUUGGUUGGCAUGUUCAACACCAGACUAACAAGUCUUGUUGAUCAGCUUAACACUAAGCAUCCUGAGGCUAUAUUUGUUUAUGGUAAUACUUAUGGAGCUUUCAGUGACAUACUUAACAAUCCAGCUGCUUAUGGAUUUAAGGUGAUUGAUAGAGGGUGCUGUGGUGUUGGGAGAAAUGAAGGACAAGUAACAUGCCUUCCAUUUUCAAUUCCAUGCAGAGAAAGGAACCAUUAUAUGUUCUGGGAUGCCUUCCAUCCCACCCAAGCUGUGCAUCAAAUCCUUGCUCAAAGAGCUUACACUGGCCCACCUUCUGAUUGCUACCCAAUCAAUCUUCAACAAAUGGCACUUCUUUAAUAUUUAAAUACACUCUUUUUCAAUUUCAUUUUACAUCUAUCAGGGUUUGAUGAGCCUCCAAAAUCUAUCAUGUUAUGUUAUUAAACUUAAUUAUGUAAGUUUUCAAGUGCUUAAAGUAAUAUCAACUACCUGGCCUGCCUUA